UGUGCUCCAGACACAGCUGUGUGUGUUGCCAGUGACACUGUCUCAUGUUUUUUUUUUAUUUUUACUUUUAUUUUUAUUUUUAUUGUACUUUUUUGUGCCGUCGUUUUUGUAUCUGUGAAAAUAGCAAACGUCUGGACAACUAAGAAAAAUAAAACGUAAAACGUUUUAAUACGCCGCCGACUAUCACCACGGCAUUGAUUCCCAUACAAUUUAAGUUUUAUUAUUUUAAAUAUUUAUUAAACGUCAUACGGAAUCUAAACUGUCAGCGAAUCCUGAGUAUCUUUUUUUUUAUGGGAACUCUACCGUGAACACAAUGAAUUUUAACUCAGUGCUGUGUUUUAUUUUAAAAUAACCAGCUAUCAGCUGUCAUUUUUAUAUUUUAAAUAUAAAUUAACACAAAAAUAAUAAAGUGUACGAAUUAGUAAUUUGACUUUUACUAAAUCUUCCAAGAACUUGAUCUUCAAAUGAUGCGGUGAAUCAACAAUCGAUAUAGUAAUAUCCGAGAUAAUAAACAUCAAAAGUAGCAAAGCUGAAAAAGAUAAAAAAAUAGUUAAUAAAGCUUGAAUUAGUUUCCACGACGCGUCACGCGGGUGUGGUAGGUCUAUGGGGGGCUCCUCCGCAUCAGCGGACGACCCCCUGCUGCAACUCAAGCCAUCACGGGGCAAAUUGCUGGAGUUCCCUCGGUGUCUUGGGUCGUACGACUGGGACACUUUCGUCGACGGGAAAUUUACCUUCAGCGGUACUUGGGACCAAGCAAAUGAAGAGUCCCUCCGGUAUCAUGAGGCAGUCUAGCCUCACAAAACUUGGAUCCAUGAUUAACACGGCUGUUAAUAAAAGAGCUGGUAAUGGUGACAUACAGUGGUGCUUUUCCCAGGUGAAGGGAACGUUGGAGGACGAUGUCACUGAAGCUGAUAUAAUAUCAUGUGUGGAAUUCAAUCAUGAUGGCGAUCUUCUUGCAACGGGAGAUAAAGGAGGACGAGUUGUUAUUUUUCAACGAGACCCCAUUAGUAAAAGUAGUAUACCGCGAAGAGGAGAAUACAAUGUGUACAGUACAUUUCAAAGCCACGAACCAGAGUUUGAUUAUCUUAAAUCAUUGGAGAUAGAAGAAAAAAUAAAUAAAAUAAGAUGGUUAAAACGUAAAAAUCCAGCCCAUUUUUUGUUGUCGACAAAUGACAAGACAAUUAAAUUAUGGAAAGUUAGUGAACGUGACAAGAGAGUCGAGGGUUACAAUACUAAAGAGGAGAGCGGAGCAAUACGUGAUCCAGCAUGUAUCACUGCCUUGCGAGUACCAACAAUAAAACCAAUGGAGCUUAUGGUCGAAGCCUCUCCGAGAAGAAUAUUUGCAAAUGCACAUACGUACCACAUUAACAGUAUAAGUGUCAACAGCGAUCAAGAGACGUACCUCAGUGCCGAUGAUCUUAGAAUAAAUCUCUGGCAUCUUGAGAUAACAGAUCAAAGUUUUAAUAUUGUAGACAUUAAGCCAGCAAACAUGGAGGAGUUGACGGAAGUUAUAACUGCUGCUGAAUUUCAUCCUGUUGAAUGUAAUUUAUUGGUUUACAGUAGUAGUAAAGGUACGAUAAGAUUGUGUGACAUGAGAUCAGCUGCGCUGUGUGAUCGUCACAGUAAAUUAUUUGAGGAACCUGAAGAUCCAACAAAUAGAAGCUUUUUUUCUGAAAUUAUUUCUAGUAUAAGUGAUGUCAAGUUAAGCAAUUCCGGCCGUUAUAUGAUCAGUAGAGACUACCUCAGUGUCAAAGUGUGGGAUUUACACAUGGAGACUAAGCCUAUCGAGUGUUAUCCAGUACACGAGUAUUUAAGAUCAAAGUUAUGUUCUCUGUAUGAAAACGAUUGCAUUUUUGAUAAAUUUGAAUGUUGCUGGAGCGGCAAUGACUCGGCGAUAAUGACCGGUUCUUACAACAAUUUCUUCCGUGUUUUUGAUCGAACAUCUAAGCGUGAUCUGACUUUAGAAGCGGCACGUGAUAUUGCCAAGCCAAAAACACUUCUAAAACCACGCAAAGUUUGCACGGGAGGUAAACGUAAAAAAGAUGAAAUAAGCGUCGAUUGUCUAGAUUUCAAUAAGAAGAUACUGCAUACUGCAUGGCAUCCUUCGGAAAAUGUAGUUGCUGUCGCAGCUACGAACAAUCUCUUCCUAUUCCAAGACAAACUCUAGCACAUUUAUGUGCAGAUUAUUCAACGCUUUAUAUUGACCUGAUUGUGGUGCACGGCGUUGAAAAUUAAUAAAGCCGUGAAGAAAUGAGUGUCUAGCUGUUUGUAUAAAAAGACAAGAGUCAUUGCAAUUUUGACUGAUGAAAUAUAGAGUACAUUUAUCAUCUUAUCCACACGACGCGCGCACAGCUUGUACAAAGGAACAUAAUCACAGUCAUAUGUCUAAAUACAUGCAUAUGUAAUGCUGAUAAACACAAAGAAAAAAAAACAAAGAUGAACAUCGCGGCACAGUUAUCUCACGUGAUUGUCAGAAAUAUUUACAGUAAUAAUCAAAACAAUCAACUCAUUUGAAUUUAUCAGUGCGCGCGUUGCUGUCAAAUGAUGCCCCAGUCUUUUUUUUUUUUUUAAAGUAUUCGUUUAAUAUUUUUUUAGCCUUCAGCUAAAUCCAGCGAAUAGAUCGUGGACACUAUUCUUUAUCAAGCUGUGACGUGAUAGCGAAUUUCUUUUUAAAUUUCCAUCACGCGUUUUUUCCCUUUUUUUAUGUCUCCUUUAUGUUAAAUUUGUACGACGCGGGCAUUUCACGGCUGGUUUGUCGUUGAGAUUUUUUUUCUCUGAAUAAUUCAGUAUCAAAACUCAUAUUUUUUUUUUUUUUUUAAAUAUUCUCAGUAAAUAUUUUCAUUGAUGGUGUAUUCGAAUUCCGCGCCUUAGCUCCCGGGAAAUUUGAAUUCAUAAUUAAAUUAAUAAAAAAAAGUUGACCAAUAAAAAAAGUAUGAAUAAUUAAAUGUGUUGAUUAAAGUCUAAGUGAACAUAUCUUAGUAUUUCUCAGUGCACUUGAUAAGUCAUAAAUUUUUUUUAUUGGUCAUUAAUUUUCUUUAUAAAAAAUUUGAAAAUUUUAAUUUUCCCGGGUGUCAGUGUCGGGGUUGCGGGUUCGAAGACACCAUGAAAAUCAUCGGGCCUAAUUCCUCAACUUUUAUUAUAUUUUAAUUUUUUUUUUAUACACAAAUAAAUUAAUUCGUUCUCAUUAAUUAUAAAAAGUAUGUGUGGUGUUUUUCUUGUCAUUUACACAUUAAAAACAAUGGGAUUAAUAAAUAACAUGGGAAUUAAAAUAUGUAUUUUAAAAAAAAAAUUGAGGCUCAAAUUACUAAAUUGUAUAAAAUUUAUUUUAAAAACACAGCGUAAUUAAUUUUCAUAAAUUUUCUUUAUCGUUAUUUUAAAUACUAGUUUAUUUUAUUAUUAUUAUUGAAGAAAAAAAAAGUUUUUCUUUAUGUCUCACUGGAUUAUGGUGUUAACAGAAUUUUGAUAUUCAUUUUGGCUCAAUUAAAAAAAUAUACAAAAUUUUGUAGCUACUGUUUAAUAAAAAUAAUAAUAUUUAAAAUAAAGACAUAUGUAAUUUUCAUCAUUAUAUAUGCGCGAGCUGUAAUUUUCUAUCGCAACAAAUAUAUAUAUUUAAAAAAAAGAAAAAAAAAAUUUUAUGUAGUUCGUAAUUUGAUAAAUUUGUCCACGAUCUGGUUUUAUUUCAAAAAUGAAUCUCACGAUAAAUCAUAUGAUUAAAAUGUAUGUAUGCAUGGAUGUGAUACAUAAAUAAUCAUUUGAAUAAAAAAUAAAAACAAAAUAAAACGUAAUGUUGAUAUUUAUAACACAGAAAUAAAUAUGAGUGAAUGCAGGCGUCAUACAAAUUUUUAAUUAUAAGUAAAUAGAGUAAAUAAUUAAUAAAAUAAAAUUUUUAAAAAAUGGGCAUUUAAAAAAUUUGAAAAUUAAUAAGUGCAUUUUUUUCAAAUAUUUUUUUUUUUAAUUGUUUACUCUAUUUAUAAUUUUGAAUUUGUCAGAUAUAUUCAAGCAAAUCCGCCUGAGAAAAUAAAAAUAUAAAUCGGCGGAAGGUAAGUUGUCCAGAGAAUUUUUUUCUCUUGAUUGAUUCGUUGUACCUGCGGUAACAACAUGAGCCAAGUAAGAUAAGAAAAAAAAUUUGAAUACUGUAUUGUGGAAUUUAAAUGGGUAGCAAAGUAAUUACAGUCGAGGAGAUAAAAAAAAGAAAUGAAACGGAAGUGGAUUAUCUCAUAUUUGGCUUACAGAGUCUACGUAAUUGUGAUAUACAUAAUACGUGUUAUGUUUUAGAUAACGUUUAAUGUUAGCGGUCACUAAUGUGAGAAGUUAAAUAUAAUGAUAAUAAUAAUAACUAUGCAAGAGAGACACACACAUACAUGAUUCACGUAUUUUGUAUAAAUUAUGUUGAUUUAUUAUUGACAAAUACAAUGCUAAAAAUAUAUUAUUAAUUGAUGAUGAUAAUGAUGAUGAUGAUGAUGAACGAUAUAAUUUAUUGCGCCAGUGCAAGACGCAGGGGCAUGAACUUAAAAAGACACUUUGUACAAGGUUUUGUAAUAAAAUACGGAUAAAAAUGGAGAAAAAAUUUACGCGCUUUUAUUAUGCGUCGACGGAAUAAACAGGAAAUUGGAUGUCAAAAAAUUAUGUCAAGACAAGUGCGCGGUGUAAAUGUGUGCGAACCCUUGGAUUUUAAUCCUCAAUGGAUUUGCGCACACUUACCUCAUGUCAUUGUGAUCUAGAAUUUUUUUACUUUCUAAAAUUUAUAAUUUAGAAAUAAUAUUGAUUGCAAUUAAUUGAUAAAUUUUAAGUGCAAUAUUUUUUGUACAGAAAAAAAAAAAUUGGUGCAAAAAAUUUUCACUUGUCAAGAAAUUUUUUUCAUUCGAAAUUGGAGUAAGAAAAUUUUUUUUUUUGUCUAGUGCGACGUAAUAAUUUUUUUGCGCAAUUUCCUAUUUGGUUUCGCCGACUCAUUAUAAAAAUUCGUAAAUUUCUUAAGCCCAUUUUUCUACGUGCAGUAAUGAAGCUGUCAUAUUUAUGAUUACUUGUUUUGGAUAAUCGAUGAUACAAUUCUGAGCUUUUUUAAAUAAAGCCACUUUACGAUAAUAAUAAUAACAAUAUUAAUAAUAAUAAUAAUAAUGAUAAAAUUUAUAAUUAAUUAUCUCAGAUAAUUUUGCUGCAGUGUACAAUGUACGACCGCGAUGGUCGGAUCUCUGAUGUAUGAUAUGAUAAUAUGAUAGUACGAGCCAUAUUUUAUAUACAAUCGGUAUAAAAAAAUAAGAUUUAUAAAAUUAUUAUUUUGGUGCUUAAUCGCCUAAUCGCUUUGCCCGUCGCUUUCAUAUUAAUUACUAUUAUUAUUAUUAAUUAUUAUCAUUGAUUAAUUGUAUUAUUAAUUAUUUGUUUAUAUAAGUGUAAAAUUAGUUGAUCAAUUUAUAAUUCUGUUUAGUGCCAAUUUAUUAUUAAUUAUUUAUCAGUAUCGAGAUAAACGAUUUGUUUAUAUUUUACA